AAAGUUUUAAUUCAUUAUUUUGUAGUUGGCCAACUAAUUAAAAACAGUAAACUUUAUUUCAACUUCCUGAUUUAGCCAGCUGGAAAACGUAUUUCCCAUGUUGUCUAACAGGCUCUGAUAUUAAUGAAACAUGAGCUUCCUUCUUAAACUUUAUUAUGUAUCUUUUCCCCUGAAAGCUUUACAGUGAUGACGUAACCCUGCAGUCAUGUGGAUAUUAGAGGUAAAAAAAAAAAAAAAAGUUUUUAUCUUUCUGAAUGCGGGAGGAGAGAUAGUGCCUCUCUGUGCUCCAGUGCGUCCCGUAUGGACCAUUAAGUGUUAGUGUACAGAGCAGAGGGCAGGUGAGAGUUGGACCGAGCGGGCUGCUUCCACCGCAGUACUGGCACACAGUCAGCACAGAGGCACACAGGGAGCAGAGAGAAAGUCAAUGACAGACGCUCCCCGCCGGUGUGGAGUGUGUUUGUGAAUGAUUCCCACGCGCAGAACGCACGGGGACGCGGUCACCUCGACGCAGCUCAGCCGCCGCGCUCGGAAGUUACCGGAUACUUUGAAACAAACCCGGAGAACAGAGAACACAGUCGGCGGUCGCGUGGCUCUAACCUGAGAGGUGGUGAUCGGACAAUGUCGGGGCACCGGGUGCAGUUCGCGGACCUUCCUCCGAGUGAGCACAAAGGAAGUCCCAAAUUUAACAAGCAAACCAAAAGCAACCUGAAGGUAACCUCCCCAGAGGACGCUCAGCACGUAACCCGCAGACAGGCCUCCCCAAAUGGGACAGCCCCUUCAAGAGGGGACGCCAAAGGCAGCCGCACUGUCCCUCGAAGGCACACGUUAGGGGGAGCCCGCAGCUCCCGGGAGAUCCUGGCUAUGCAGCCAUCAGACAUGGACAAGAAGAGGGAGGCCUUCCUGGAGCAUCUGAAGCAGAAAUACCCCCAUCACGCCUCAGCGAUCAUGGGUCACCAGGAAAGGCUGCGUGAGCAGACUUUACAGGGCAUGCUCUCCUCCCUCCACUCUGAGCUUGACAUUCAGAGGUACUUGAUGAAAAUCCAAUUGCCCCACAGAAGCAGAAGCCCAAAGCACGGCCCCAAUCCGCAGCUCGGCGUCGGCGACCAGGUCGACCACCUAUCCCUGGCCUCCCUGGACUCGUUGGACGCCAUGUCUGAUGCUGACGCACCCACAGCCUUCACCCGCGGCAGCCGGGUUCGCGCUAGCCUGCCCGUGGUGCGAUCGACCAACCAGACAAAGGACCGCUCACUAGGUGUGCUGUACCUGCAGUACGGAGACGAGACCAAACAGAUCCGUAUGCCUAAUGAGAUCACCAGCAUCGACACUGUCAGAGCUCUGUUUGUUAGUGCCUUCCCACAGCAGCUCACCAUGAAGAUGUUGGAGUCGCCCAGCGUCGCCGUCUACGUCAAGGACGACAUGAGAAAUAUGUACUACGAGCUCACUGAUGUCAGGAACAUCACAGAUCACUCCUGCCUGAAGGUCUACCACAAAGACCCAGCACAGGCGUUCAGCCAUGGGCCAAGACCUGCCAAUGGCGAUGCCAGGAUGCACAGCGAGAUGGUGCAUGCCCCUCGUGACGGCACGCACCCUCUGAGACAGCCCCCCAUGGGUCCCCCACCACACCACCCCAUGCCGGGAGCCCUUCCCCCGACCCCCCACUCUAUGCCCCCAUCCCCAUCCAGAAUCCCAUUUGGCCCACGGCAGGGCUCUAUACCUGGCAACGCCACUAUCCCAAGAGACCGGCUGUCUAAUGCCAACCCUCCGGCCCGCUCCAUCUCACCCUGUCCCAGCGCCAUUCUGGAGAGACGAGAUGUGAAGCCAGAUGGGGACAUGGGUAAUAAAAGCCACAGUCUAUCCAGGGGAAAUGAGGGGUUGUACGCAGACCCGUACUUGCUCCAAGAGGGAAGAAUGACCAUGGCUACUGCCCACGGGCCACACCCCAACCCUGGGCUUGAUGGUUCAGAUCACGGCAUGGCAGGAUUUCACCGUGCCUCCAUCCGCUCCACAAGCUCUUACGGCGGGCCCAGCCCCACGGACACUAUAGAUCACCCCUCUCUGUACAGGCAGAAGUCCAGAAACAGCCAGCUGCCUACUUUGGGCUCCAAGACUCCUCCUCCAUCCCCUCACCGGAUGGCUGAGGUGCGGAUGAUUGACAUCCAUGGCGGGCCUCCUCACGGUGGUCCUUCUCACGGUGUGCCACCUCACGGUGUGCCACCUCAUGGUGUUCCCAUGGAGAGAAGCUCACCUGUGCGCCAGUCCUUCAGGAAGGAGGACGUGGCAGGGACCAAGCCCCGGAACAACAUGGGAUCACCUGUAGUUUCAGACCUCCAGGGUCACCUCCAGGGGCCCAUCCCAGCUGCCGCUGAUCAUCAGACACGAGUGCGAAUGAAGGCUAUGGAGCAACAGAUUGCCAGCUUGACUGGUCUUGUUCAGCAUGCACUUUUAAAGGAGCCAAACUCUAGUGGUACCAAGGAGCUACUAAGUGAGAGACCACCGAAGACAUCAUCUCCAGCCCACAGUGCACAUAGCUCAGGUGGUUCACCAGUCAUGGCUCCCAAGAGCAGCACAGCCCCGUCAGACAAGGGCCCAGUUUCUCUCAAAGUCAACCUCCUGCAGUUCAGAAAGAAUGUCUCUGACCUCAGGAUGCAACUCCAUCAGAUGAGACAGCUGCAGCUUCAGAACCAGGAGGCAUUACGAGUCCAGCUGAAGCGGGCAGAGCAGGAAAUCAGUGUAAAGCUUGCAGAGGCCAUGCGGGGUGUUGAGGACCCCGUGCAGAGGCAGAGAGCUUUGGUAGAAGAGGACAGGCACAAGUACUUGGGUCUGGAGGAGCAUGUCCUCACACAGCUCGGUGAGCUGGAGCAGUAUGUAGGCUCUCUGCAGAAAGACUCCGCAGCAACACACAGAGUAGUGACCCUGAAAGACGUGGAGGAGGGAGCGGUGACUCUGAGGAAGGUGGGAGAGUCUCUGGCAGGCCUCAAAGGAGAGUUCCCAGCCCUGCAAACCAGAAUGCGGUCUGUGCUCAGGGUGGAGGUGGAAGCUGUCAAGUUUCUGAAGGAGGAGCCUCAUAAACUGGACAGCAUGCUGAAAAGGGUCAAGAGCCUGACUGACACACUCAGCAGUCUAAGAAGAUGUGCGACUGAGGGCCCUCAGAAAGGACCCGAUCCCUCUGCUAAUGUCCCAGUGGACAACAGCCCUUCAGCAGCACCACCAGACGCCCCGGCAGAAGCUCUCGCAGCAUCAGCCCAGCCUGGCUCCACAUCAGCCCCGCUGGAGCCCCAGAGCUCCACCAUCAAAUCCGAGGUGAUGCCUUCCUCUCCGGUGGUCAUCCAUCAUGUCCAGAGCUCCCCGGUGCACAUGCAGCAGUCCCAGCAGUCCGCAGCCUUGACAGCUCAGCCCAGUCCACCACUCACCCCCAGCCCCACUCACGUCCCCAGUCCCAUCCUGAGCAAGAGUCAAGGCCGGGAAUCUCCUAAGGGGGCAGCCUCGGAUCCACCGAGUCCUGCCCGUCAUAAGAAGCCACAAGGGAACCCAGUGAAUAAUGGCAACGGCACGGCCAGCCAGGGUCUUGUCAUCGAGGAGCUCCAGAGCAGUCAGGACAAGAACAAAAACAGAGCUAUGUCCAUUCAGGCAGCAGAGAAGGAGUGGCAAGAGAGGAGGCAGAACAUGGGGCAUUAUGAUGGAAAAGAGUUUGAAAAGAUCCUCCAGGAGGCCCAGGCCAACAUGAUGAAGGGCAUUCCCAGUUUGGAGGUGGAAGAGAACCCAGCAACUCUCCCUGCUACUGCUGCAGAACAAGCAGACAUCCACAACCCCGUGGAGUCGCCGACAGAAGAGCCCCAGUCUGAUCAUCACUCUGACAAACUGAGCAAGAAGGGGCCUGAGAAACUCCCAAAGCCUGUGAUGGAGAAACCAGCCAAACCUGUGCUGGAGAGACCCUCCAAGCCAGCCCCCACUGACAGCUUUACCAAGCAGGGAUCUGAAAAGGCCAGCAAGUCCCCACCACCUCCUCCUCCUAGGAAGACCUUCACCAGCUCGAGCUCAGGCAUGACCACCACACGCUCUGGCGAAGUGGUCUACACCAGCAGGAAGGAGUCCGUCUCGGCACAGGAGAGCGAAGAGGACGCUCCACCUCCAAGUCCCCAACCCAAGCCCAACAAGGUUGCACCAGAGACUAAGCCGAAGCCAGCCACCCCUCCCCCCGUCACUGCCUCUGCUACCAGAGAAGAAGAGGAUGAAGGGGACAAGAUCAUGGCCGAGCUCCAGGUUUUCCAGAAGUGCACAGUUAAGGAUGUAGGGGUGAAAAAUUUGGUAGAACCCACCUCUCGAAUUGAACCGCAAAUCAGAGAGCUAAGACCAGGGGCCUUAAUGCCCCUCAAAGAGAAAAAGCAGAGCUCAGAGCCCACUCGAGAGGAUAAAGACCCAGACACAGAUGAAAAUGGGAACACUACUGUCCGACAGAGCCAAGGGGUCAUUUACUACGUGACUGGACAGAUUCCCAAAGAGCAUCCACCCUCAUCAGGAACGGAGGAAACCCCCGAGCACAGAGAGCCCACACAGCCUCCAUCACAGGUGUCAAAUGUCAAUGUUAACGACAAUUCUCCAAGCCAGCAGCAACAGCCACAGCCUCUGUCUCCACCACCUAAAUCACCCCCGCCUUUAACACCUCCGCCGAUAUCACCUAAACCUGUGGGACUGAAAUUCAAACUUCCAAGGAAGCAAGUUAAACGCUCUGAAUCCUUAAAGACCAGUGCAGAAAUGGAGAAGGGAAAAAUCCUCAACAAAAUUAACACUGAAAAGAGCAGUAAAGUCGUUCAGCAACGUGUUUCGUCCAGCAAGAAGAUAAUACCUGAGCCUGUGGCAACCACAACAACCAGUACCAUAAAAGAGGCGCCUACAAGUUAUGUUGCUCCACCGAAAAAGGCUCCUAGUGAGGACAGUAAUCCACCUAAAGCUGACUGUGAGGAUAAUAACGGCGAGGCCAGUCUUAGUCCUGAUUUACCUGGAGAAGAGGCACCUCCACCCCCGGACAACAUAGCAUUUAUGAUCACUAACACCAAAGUCCAGGCCCUGUCCUGUGGCGAGUACCAGGAACUGGUCAAUGCCAAGAAAGGAAGCGUCCAGACUGUUACUGUCGGUAAUGCCGCCAACCGAGGGAACACCACAGAGGAUUCUAAUGUGCCUCAGGAUAACGGCUUCAACAAGAAGCCUGUCAUCAUCAUUUUUGACGAGCCCAUGGACAUCCGCUCAGCGUACAAGCGCCUGUCCACCAUCUUUGAAUGCGAGGAGGAACUGGACAGGAUGUUAGCGGCAGAAUGCAUUGAGGAGGAAAGCGAGGAGUCUGACACGGAAAGGAGUGGUAGGCUGCAGGUUAAAGCGGCAGGAACAGAGGUGGUUGAUGGCAAAAAUGACAGCGCUCCGCAGGUCUCUGCUGACCAUGUUAGCUUAUCAUCCUCAUCUACAUCUUCAGUGUCAGAGCUAACAGACAGUAGCGUGACCUCAGAGUCAAAUGGCGAUGCCAAGCAGGAUAAAAAGAAGUUUAAGUUUAAAUUCCCUAAGAAACAGCUGGCAGCGCUGACGCAGGCCAUUCGCACAGGCACCAAGUCAGGCAAGAAGACUUUACAGGUGGUUGUGUACGAAGAUGAGGAGGAGUCAGACGGUACUGUCAGGCAGCACAAAGAAGCAAAGAGAUUUGAGAUUGCACGCUCAAAAUCCUUAGCAGACUCUCCCAAGGCAACAGGAACGGCUGCGCUUAGGAGGCAGAACUCCGACUCCCUCUACAGGACGGAUGAGAUCCGGAAGAACACCUACAAGACACUGGACAGCCUGGAGCAGACCAUCAAGCAGCUGGAGACCACUAUCAGUGAGAUGGGACCGCUCUCCCCUGAAGAGCCAGUCUGCACGGAGGAGGCUAAAGCAGGGAAUGGGAAAAGCUCAGAUGGAGUGGGGCUGAAGAGGUCUUCCUCUCUCCCUACCUCCAGAGGGUCAGGCCCUAAGGUACCCAGCAAAAAUCCAUUGCUGAAGAAGACUAAACCUCAGCUCCUUCCUCGCCCUGUAAUCAUCCCUACUACCACCACCACCACCACUGUCCCCAGUGCCCCCAGCACCGUACAACAGAACACCAGUGUCGCUUCCCCUACUAGUCGGAUGCCCGUCCCUUUGUCUGCGAAGUCCAGGCAGUCGCCGGGUACGACUGACAAAGCAGGAAAACAGCAAAAACUGCAGGACGCUCAGAGGCAGUUUCGACAGGCUAACGGAAGUGCUAAAAGAGUGGGAGGGGAUCAUAAAACUACUUCCCCUGCUAUACCCACCUCUAAAAUCCCUGCUUUUUAUCCUAGCUCUACUAAAGGCAGCUCCCAGUCUGCACAAAACUCAGAUGCUACUAAUCCCAAUAACCCUUCCUCUUCCUCCUCCUCCUCCUCUGUGACAAAGUCCUCCAUCCUGUCCUCUCACGCUCCUCGUUCCGGUUCCCAACCCUCCUCCCACAUCCCCUCCCUGUCUAACGGAUCCCUCAAACUCCCCACACCCUCACAGCACACAGGUAAAGCUCUGUCGUUCUCCUCGCAGACUCAGAAUGGUCGAGUGCACUCCUCCUCCUCCUCUUCAUUCUCCUCCUCCUCAUCCUCCUCCUCCUCCUCCCCCUCCCCUCUGUCGCCCACACCUUUGGGCCCAGGUGGAAAGAGCAUCCGCACCAUACACACUCCCAGCUUCACCAGCUACAGGUCCCACAACGGCAGCAGCGGCAAAUCCUGCAUCCCAACAGCCACAGCAGCUAAGGACACUACCUAGCCCCAUUAUCGCCCCUCUGGCUUUUACCGCAAAGCAGGUAGAGCUGGUCAUGUCUCAUUUUAUCUAGUUUUGGUUUGCUGUUUGUCUGUUUUUGAGCAUUUUUGUAAAAGUAUUAAGUGAUGCACUCCCCCACUUCAUGUUUAUUUGACACUGGCAUUUUCGCACCGAUGCUUCUAUCUCCUUUAAGUUGCAAUUUCCUGUUUAAAAAAAAUACUUGGAUUCUGACUCUUUCUCGGAGGUGUACAAGAUGUUCUGACAAAAUAUUUUAUAAUGGAACUAAAAAAGAUUUAGUUUUACCACUUUGUAGUUGAAGUGGAAAGCUCUCAUGGUGUUGAAAAUCUAUUUUUCUUGCUGUAGCUAUGAAUAGGGAAUAUAGAGUUGAUGUACAAUCACAAAAUACCAUGUAAAAAUGUUGUUUUAUUUUUCAAAGCAGAGAUUGAAUAACCAUAGUAUAUUUAAUCUUCUAUAUUUCUUAUGUUGCCAGACAUUCAACGCAGCCCUUGUAAAUGCCUUUUAUGAGUGUAUACAUAGUGUAUACAGACAUUUUAAAGUUGAACUCAUUAUUAACUUCUGUUUUCUAAGAGUAUUUUCUCAUUUUUUCACCCAUAUAAACUGCCAAUUUCUUUUACAGAUAUGUAAAACUGGUAUCAUAAGGAAUACAAGUUUUCAUUUUAGUGUGCCUAUUUGCCAAAGUUGUUAAAUAAUGACUCACUUCAGGCCUAAUCCAGUCACAAGAUUUAGGGGAAUUUACAUGCACUCUCUUGGUGUGAUGGCUGAAGUGUUGACCACAGUGUUUGUACUGCUGGUCCCGGUUUGUUAAGUUAACAUGUAUUGUUGUCUAAAUGUAAACUGUACUAAAAACAAAGUGAAUCCGUUCUACCACAAUGUACAUAGAGGCUUCUAAUAAGAAAAUAAGUAGUUUUGUUAACAUACCAAAGUUUAUUUGUAUGCAUGCCUUUCAAAUACUUUAGGAGAGUGGUGUAAAAGAAGAAUUAUGUUUGCACAGAUAGAUUUUUGUAAAUAUCUGGUUUUCUCUCAUUUUUGUAAAGCUUUAAAUCAUACUAUAAAGGAGCAAUGUGGUAAAGAUAAAACUGUGUUGGAGUAGCAACAAUAAAGACUUGCAUGCUUGUAAUGCAUU